GUGCUGGGGAAGUACCACCCAGACGUCGCCAAGCAGCUGAACAACUUGGCGCUGCUGUGUCAGAACCAGGGCAAGUACGACGAGGUGGAGUACUACUACAGACGAGCCCUGGAGAUCUACGAGUCCAAACUGGGAGCCGACGACCCGAACGUGGCCAAGACCAAAAAUAAUCUGGCCACGUGCUACCUGAAGCAAGGGAAGUUCAAAGAUGCAGAGUCUCUGUACAAGGAGAUCCUGACCCGGGCUCACGAGAAAGAGUUUGGAUCUGUCAACAAUGACAACAAGCCAAUCUGGAUGCACGCAGAGGAGAGAGAGGAGAGCAAGGGUAAACGCAAGGACUCCGGCCCGUAUGUCGAGUACGGGAGCUGGUAUAAAGCCUGCAAGGUGGACAG